AUGCUCCCCACAAGCCAACAUCAGCAGCAACAGACGCACCAACCGUCGGAUGUGGUCGCGCAACAGCAGCAGCAACUGCAACAGGACGCCCAAACGCAACAUCUUCUAAAUGUGGCCGCCUCGUCGUACAGCACCGCCGUUUCCUCGAGCGGUGGUUACACCAUGAGCUACCCGGUGGUAACCGGCCACCAUCUCACCGAGAACAACAACCUGAUCAUGCAUCCAUCGUACGGCAAACCGGCGGCACAUGUUGCCCAUCAGUUGCCGCCAGCCUCACUCAUCACGCUGCAGCCGGUACCACUCGAGGCGCACCAUCAUUCGGCACUGCACCAUGUGUCCAACUUGGGACCGCCGCCACCGGGAACACCUGGUUCCUUGCAGCAGCAGCAACAGCAACAAGGACCACCACCAUCCCAACAAUCGACCGUCGUAACGUCGUUGGCUCCUCCGCCCGGGUCGGCCUCUCUCGGGGGUUUAAUAAUUGGCGGCGGGCAACACUUGCAUCACGCAUCAUCAUUACAGCAACACCAGCAGCAGCAACAGCAGCAGGCACAGCAACAGGCACAUCAGCAGCAGCAGCAACAGCAACAGAUGGAACAGCAGAUGGGAGUUGCAUCCUCGAGUGCGGGAUCUCAAAUGCAGCAAGCACCGUCUUCCAUGUCGCACGCAUCCUCCAUGAACGAUCCCAACGGAAACGGUAUGUGUGUGGUAUUUUGA